CUGUCGAAAUUAUACCCUCUCUUUUUUAGCUAUGAAGAAGUCAAAAAAUUUCUGGAGUCAUUGGAUUAUGACAAAUCAGGAAAACUGAGUACAAAUGAAUUGCUUGUUGCUUUUCCGGAUGACAUUUCCAUGAAAGAAUUGCGAGAAUUCAUCAAACGUCAUGACAAAGACGGUGAUAAUGAGUUGGAUAUUGAUGAACUCUUGGAAUUUUUCACCCAAAGCAAUAAAGAAUAA